UUAAUAAUUUUCUUUAUAACACAAAAAGUGUUUUUACGUUAAAUGGGAUUGGGAAGUACAACUAGUAGUAAAUAAGAAUGGCGUUAUAUUUUAAGAAGUGUAAUUUGUAGAGGAGUGUGGGUAACGAAGAAAGAAAGAAAGAUGAAGCUGAAAGUGUAUACGGAUCGUAUGUCCCAGCCAUCCCGUGCAAUUCUUAUCUUUUGCAAAGUCAAUGGAAUAGAUUUUGAGGAGAUCCAAAUUGAACUCUCCAAACGUCAACAUUUAUCUCCUGAAUUUCAAGCGAUUAACCCUUUCAAGAAAGUGCCUGCUAUUGUUGAUGGACGGUUCAAGCUAUUUGAGAGUCAUGCAAUUCUUAUCUAUCUUGCUUCUGCAUUUCCAGGAGUUGCAGACCAUUGGUAUCCAGCUGAUGUUUCCAGGAGAGCUAAAAUUCACGCUGUGUUAGAUUGGCAUCACCUGAAUUUGCGCCGUGGAGCAGCUGGGUAUGUUCUAAAUACUGUACUAGCUCCAUUUUUGGGUCUACCACUUAACAAACAAGCAGCUGCUGAAGCUGAGAAAGUUUUGGUAUCAUCUCUGUCCACGAUAGAAAACAUUUGGCUUCAGGGUGAUGGGCGGUACUUGCUUGGUGGCUUUCGACCUUCCAUAGCAGAUCUCAGUCUGGUCUGCGAAAUUAUGCAAUUGCAGCUUUUAGAUGAGAAGGAUCAUGAUCGAAUUCUUGGCCCGCACAAGAAAGUCCAGCAAUGGAUUGAGAGCACAAAAAGCGCAACAAAGCCACAUUUUCAUGAAGUUCACAAUGUCCUCUAUAAGCUCAAAUUGAAGCUUUCACUGCAGAAAUCUAGGCAGGCAGAUGGCGAUACAAAAUCUGGGACUAAAGCCCCCAUAAUUUCAAAGAUGUGACAAAAAAACCAUGCUAGUUAUGUACCUGUGACAGCUUUGUGUGACCAAUUAGCCAUGUCUAACAUUAUAUACAUAUCGCUGGUACUUGGUUGCAAUUGUCAGGCUUGAAUCUUCGAUGACGAAGUUUUUGUUGUAUUAAGACUCAAAACUGAGAUUGCUAAGCUUUGCAGAUAAUAAAUUUCAUUGCUAUUCACAGAUUCAGCCAA